GUCAUCGUAUUAGCAGUCAGUCGGGAGAUGGACGGCGAGGAAGAAGCAGCAGCAGCAGCGACGAGCUGGCAUCUAAUUGCUGCUGCUUUUUUCCCGAUUAUUCCCCAGAACAUUGUUUACUAAAUUUCGAGAGCGUCAGAAGUAUAAAAGAAACGAAAUCCCGCGCUCGUGCGCGCCCGUUACUAACCUAUUCGACUCUUCAUAACCUAACUUUCAUAACAUCAAAUUCAAUGUUCGUCUCGACGCAAGAAAAACAACGUAAGACAGUAUCAAAUCCGUAACGAUUAAGACAUCGUUCGAUGAGUAAACCUUUGGAUUUCGUGUUGGAAACAUUCUGUGAACAUAAUAGGCAGCGCAAGAGAGAAGACAGGGAGAAAGAAAAGUUUUUUUUUGAGCGAUCAAGGCCAGCACGAGGAAUCAUUGAAGAGUCAGAGAAAGGGAGAGAAGCAUAGAGAAGGAGAGAGAGAGAGAGAGAGAGAGAGAGAGAGAGGAAGGAAAUAAAACCGAAGGGAAAAACGAAGUGGCCGAAGCUCUGUGCGUGAGAUUUUUGGUUGCGAUGUCGUAUCAUCGUGGCGGUCAUUCGGGUGCCGUCGCAGUGUCAUACAGUACAAACACAAUGUCGCCAUUGUCACCGAUUCGUCGUUAUCCCAGUACUGCCGGUAGCGGUACGAGCGUAACUUCCGGUACGAAUGGUGCGAGCAACUCGACGUACUCCAAUUAUCGUUCGACAACGCCUUCGAAUCCCGGCAGCGAACGUAACGGUGGUUAUUAUUCGUCGGCAUCGAACGCCGGAUAUCGAAGUAGCAGUUUUACUGCCUUUCCUCGGCCCCCGGAUACGCUGAGACGAGUCAGCUACUCACCUGCGAGGUCAGUCUCGUCGUACAGCGAGUCGAGUUCGAUCGUCGGUUCGUCCUCGAUAAGCGGGAGCGGUCUCAGAUACGGUUCGGUCUCGUCGUCCUCAGCCUCGUCGUCAGCGAGCUCCUCAAAUUCGUCCGGGACGUCGAGAGAGCGAAACAGUUUGCAGCAUCAGACAGCAGGGAGUUUGGUGACGUCGGCAGCCGAUUUGUACGCGUUGUAUUCGCCGACAAACUACGUCCCGAAUAUUCCGGGUUCGUCCUCCAAGAGCUCAAAUUGGCGGUCGUCCUCACUGGCCUCAUCGUCCGGCGUGUCGUCGAGUUUGCACGGCGGUGACGAGUUCGAUUCGUCCCCUCGGGAGCGUCGCGAUCGUUCGUACUCGAGCGAAGCCUCCUCGGGCGUUUGUCUGGCGAGCAGCAAUCAAAACUCGUUGUCAUCGAGCACCGAUCGCUGGACGACGAGACGCGACGUGCCCAAAAGACGCGGCGGCACCCCGCUCGUCUCAACGUCCCCGGGGAGCGGAAGCAACAAUCUUAUUAUCGCAAAUGCAAACAACGCGGAGAUCGGAGCAUCGACAAUCGAGGUAACCACCUUAGAUCCCGAGGAAAGAACGAGCGAAUCGGUCGGUCAACGCGACAACGAAUUACCCCUCGUUACGGUACCGAGCCCCGAGGUCAAUCGCACCACGAGCCUCGAUUCCAAUCCCGAGCCUCGCGAGCGUUUCGUUUACAACGCGAGAAUCAACGACAAUUGUGACCUCGACAACAACAACACCGAGAGCGAGUGUAAUUACGCUGGCGAGUCGAGAAACUCUAACGAUAAUACUGACCCGAACGACCAGUGCGAUACUUUCGAAACUCGCCGCAGACGAAAACGACUGAACGCCACCGAGGAACCGCUCGUGCGAAAUCCGUUGCCCACGAACUAUGAGCCACGUUACGUCAGACCCGACGAGGACGAAGACGCGAACAGAGGACAGAACAACUCAAAGACGGUAGAACCACACAAGCGUGAUAAUAGUGACGAUAGUUACGUUAGAGAAAGAGGCAUAAUUAAGGAAGAUACGAGAGAAUCAUACCGCGUUAACGAUCAUCACCACCAGCGGAAACGACACAGUGAAAAAGCGAGCAUUGGCCAGGCUAAUAAUCGUAAAAACGACCUUAACAUUCCUCCGCUAACAUCACCCACCGAUUAUUCAUCCAACAACGAUUCUCUCCUCUCGUCCUCGCCCCUGUCCUCUUCCGUUGCUUCGGCCUCCCCAACAGCUUCAUUCGUUUCUCAGCCUUCCGCAGACUCUCUUUCCACUAAUGAUCCCGCAGUUGUUUCAUUAGUUACGCGCCAUGUCGAGCCCGAGGAGCCCGAUAAAACUUCAAAGUCUGACGAGCCCUCAAGCGCUUCUCCGAGUUUGAGAAGGCUCGACGAUGGUAUUGGUAAAGUUGGAAAUUUAAAAAUAUCCGUUGACUCGUACGACUGUGACGUUGACAAGGUUGGUGGUGGUGAUUGCGGUGGUGCUGGUGGUGUUAUUGUUGUUGUUGAAAGUAGUGCAGACGCGGAUAAUCACCGUAAAGCUUUUACGCGGACUAAGAUACCCACUAACAACGAUAACACGGAGCUGCUGACUAACAACAAUGCCCAGGAUCGCGGGGACCACCUCGGGAUCGUGGAAACUGCGAGAGACGACGCUCACGAAGCCAGACUCGAAUUGGUCAAUGAAACGAGACUUCGCGACAGACAAAUGGUCAAGGGAGCGAGAAAAUCUUUGAUCUGGACUGCCACCACUCCGGACGACGACGACGACGACGAUUCCAACCAGCGCAACAAUGUGGUCUUGACGAACGGCGACGAAUCUCAGCCUGAUCCACCCAAUGGCUUUGAUAAGUCGAACAAUCACGAUAAUUCCAAUCGUUCGCACGCAUACGAUACCGAUCAAGCCGGAGAAAUAUCUGCGUUCGUCAGAAACGGAAUAAAAUCAACUGGGAAUCGUGCAGACGACGUGGAAAAAGCUUCCACCUCUAGGAGAACCCUCUUUGCAUGGAACGAUCCAAACAUCGACGACUUCACCGGAGCUUCUUCUUCCUCGUCCUCUACCACUGCUACCGCCUCUUCUUCUUCUUCUUCUUCUUCUUCUUCUUCUUCUUCUGCUUCUGCGGCUACGUCAUCUUCGAACGCGACCAAUUCCGUACCCGUUGCUGUACAUCAGAAUAUCUAUCGAGGAAUCAGCGACCAGAUCGAUGAAAAUUCGAGACCACCGAGAAGCAGACUCCAAUUUCGCAAAGACGAACGCUAUGGGUUGAACGGCCUCCGGAACAUUGGAAACACAUGCUUCAUGAACAGCGUGAUCCAAUGUUUGAGCAACACGAGACCACUGCUCGAGUAUCUGCUGAACGAGCAACAUCUCCAGGACAUAAACACCACAACUUCGAGCAUGAAGGGUGCACUGAUUAAGGCAUUUGGUCAGGUGAUUCAAGAACUCUGGGAGAUGAGCGGUGAUCACGUGGUCAACACGACGGCGUUGAAGUCACAGAUACAGAGAUUCGCACCCCGUUUUAUGGGCUACAGCCAGCAGGACGCGCAGGAAUUUCUACGCUAUCUUCUCGAAGGCCUGCACGAAGACGUCAACAGAGUCACCGUCAAGCCUCAACCAAUUCUCACCGAUAUACCGGAUCAUUAUUCGGACAGUCACAAAGCCUCGGAGAGUUGGAAACGAUAUCUGCGGAGCGAGGAUAGCACGAUAGUGGACGUAUUCGUUGGACAAUUGCGCUCGUCGUUGCUCUGUACGGCCUGUGACCACGUCUCGGUGACCCUCGAUCCAUUCUGGGAUUUGAGUUUACCGAUACCAAUGAGGCUCGGGACGGUUAAGCUCAAUCAAUGUUUGGAACAUUUCACCAAAGCUGAGACCCUCGACGGCGACGAAAAACCAACCUGUUCCAAGUGCCAGAUGAGACGGAAGUGUACGAAAAGCUUCAGCAUUCAGAAAUUCCCGAAGAUAUUGGUCAUUCAUUUGAAACGUUUUUCACCGACCGAACGUUUCCGUGGAAAGCUGAGCGUACUGGUUGAUUUUCCAUUGACCGGUUUGGAUCUGAGUGCCUUUGCGGCCCCAGGGGUACAGGGUUGUACAUAUAAUUUGUACGGUGUAGCGAAUCACUCGGGUACAACGUACUCGGGGCACUACACAGCCUAUUGCAAGCAUCCUUAUUCAGGUGAAUGGCACGAGUACAACGACAGCAGAGUAUCUUCGGUGCCAGCGCGUUCUGUCGUAUCGAGCGAAGCUUAUGUUCUAUUUUACGAGCAGCAACCACCCAGCCCACAUUUGUAACCUCACGCCACGAAGCACCAUCGAGUUUAGCGAAUAUAAUACAACACUGCGCCAUAAUUUGCCUCUCUCGGUACUGCGGUACGAAACUACGAUUAAUCGUCUGUCCGACGCGUUUCUUAUUAUCAUUAUUAUUGUAUUAAAACGUCUUGGUGGUCUGGAGAUCGAUCGAACCGAGCGAAUGCUCGGUACAAGCCCAAACCAAACGUCAAAUAAGUAAUAACGAAAAUAACAAGAAAAAAGCGCAUCCAAAUUUCACAAUAGUUGACGACGAAACAACAAAAGCAAACGAGUCUAAACAAAUAAGAGUGUCAUAAAGCUCGUAGAAAAGAUAAAAUAUUGGAGAAUCGUGAAAAACGCAAAGCUCGACGGGCGACGUAGCAUUUCUUCUUCUUCUUUUUUUUUUCUUCUCGUUCAAUACGACGACUCAAAGAAUCGGGACAUCGACGAUACUCUACGAUAACAUUGAAGAAAGCGAAACGGAACAAAAGGAAACUUAAUAACGUGCCCCUCGACGCUUCGUCGUUCGCAAUCCUGGCGCGCGAACAACCUCAAAAGUUUGCCAAUUAUUUUAGCGCGAUUGCUUUUACCAGAAUUUUUGUAAUAUUUUUGUCCCCUUUCCCUUCAUCUUUUCCUCCCUUCUCCUCAUUUUAUCUUUCCACUUAUACUUUCAUGGAGUCCACAUGUUUUUCAUUAUUUAUUAACGGGGUUAUCGGGAUAGAUAAAUUUUUACUCCCGUGCCAUAUGCAGUAUAUUUCGCUAUUUUAAUAAGCGCGUUACAACAUUCAUAGAGGCUUAUAAAUUUUCACAUCAAUUACGCAAUUUAUUCGACAAUUAUUAUCUUAUAUCAGGAUCGCUCGCGAUCUCAUCGACGACGUCAUGAAGCGUCUCGACAAAUAAUUAUUCGAAAAUUCAUCCACGAAAAAGAAAAUAUUAGAUGCCCGCGCGCGCGCACACCUGAAAACCAAAGUUAAUCGAGUACGCGUGUGCUCUUUCUGUGUUGUUGCAAGCCCUUUUUAAUGUAUUAUCAUUGCUCCCCGAUAACCCAAUGCUACAUAUUCACUUUUGUAAAAUAUUUUGUUUAUUUAUCCAAUGAAUCAUGAUGAAACGAAACACAUAAUAUAACAAUCAAGAGUUUAUUUACUUAACUUAUGUGAACAAGAGAAAUAAAGAUUAAAUACAAAUGCAGAUUAAAUUAAAUAUUAAUAUAUACGAUAUCGUCGAAUGCGAUAUAAAUAUAUGUAUAAAAAUAAAAAUAUAUAUAUUAUUAUACAUAUGAGACACCAAUAAAGGUAACAGAGUGUUGAUCUUAA